UGCCAAAAUAUGUGUUGAACAAAUAAAAAGCUUAUAUAAAAUUAAAUUAUUUAUAUACCUAUAAAAUAUGAUUGCAUGUCUGCAUCUAAAAUAUACAAAACCAUAUUGUGUGAAAAAUUAAUUACUCAUCGGUGGCAACGAUUACAUUGGCCGUGACAAAAAUAUUAGCAAGGUCUGAAAGUGUGAAAACGUGGAAAUUCUAUUCGUGAAGUGUACGAAAGCCAAAUGUGUGAUAAGUUUGUGGAAUUAACAAAAUUAUUGUGGGCAACAACAACAAUAACCACAAUUGAAUCCGUAAAACAAGUGUUUUGACAAAUCCGCAAUAAUUCUCUAUUUUUAGCAGCAACGAUAAACGAAGUGGGACAUAAACAAAACGCAAAUUCAUGAAAUAAAGAUAAAGUGCAAUAGAGAAAAGUGAAAAAGAGCACACCAGUACAACAAAAAUUUGGUUAAUAAAACUGUUGUUAAUAACAAAUUAUUAAUAAAUAGAGAACAAAGAGAGUGAGCGGCAAAGCGAUCAAAGUUCGCACGGUGUGAGCAAAGCGAGCACUCUAGUAAUACUGAGUGUAGGUGGCACGUCCAAGUUAAGAUAAGCGCGCGUGCUCAACGCUUAGCGACUACUCGCGCGAACGAUAAGACCGCACAGUCAAAUGGCUGAUGAGUGCGCCAUCGACAGUCCGCGUCCGUUUCGACGUGAGCGCAAUCUGAGCAAUCGUAAUUUCGCCAAACGCCGUUCCAACCGACGUAUUAGCGUCGAGAGCCACAGCUCGGUGGAGUCGUUUAAUCUAAGUGCAGCUGAGAGUGUAAACAACGCUAGCUCAGUGAGCUCUGUGCAUGAGCAGAGUUCCAGCGCCAGCGGCAAUGAUAGUCACAAUCACAGUACGUCGACUAGCAGCGGCAGUAGUGGUUCACAUUCUUUUAGUGUCGCUAGUAGUCAACUGGAUUAUUCCUACUCGGUACAAUCGGAUACGGAAAGUGCAUUUUUACGCGCCUCUACGCGCAGAAUGGUGCCACCACCGUUACCCAUAACUGGGCCACCGUUUGAUAACGAUGCGCCUACAGUUACGACAACAAAUGAUGACGAGACACAGCCACAAACGCCCGAUCCCGCUUUGUUGGGUGUGCGACAGAAAGUUGAUCGUUUCGAGACAUUGACAGCCGAACAGCGGAUUCUCUUCAAAACCGGACGUCAUCAGCUGCGUCAACAACACCAACAAUACAGUGCGCAAAUAGGUGCUGUGAAGACAACUGGUGUGGGUGGCAUUUCAGCCGCUGCGCCUGGGUUAUGGCGUGUCUUUCCGCCAGCUACGCGUCGUUCCACUCCCGAAACGGAUAGCUCGGUGGCCAGCCGACAAUCGGCACUCAGCUCCUUUCACACCUCCAUCGAUGAAGAACGCUCCGUGGACGAUGUGGAUGAGAUCUCCGACUAUGCCGAGGAUGCGCAUGCAGAUGCUGUCCUUGAGGCGGAGUAUGCGGUGCCAGAGGAGGCGCAUGAAUUGCGCGAAGAUGUGGUGCCAUCGCCAGAGCCUGGCGCUGACGCUGAGCAAUUGGUGACGGCGGGCGUAGUGGAGUUGAAUCUAGAUGAUUUCGGUAAGGUGGAGAAGGUGCGUCGUGCUGUCAGCGAUGAUUAUGCACGCACAAUGCCGAAGGCUCGCUCGAAAAAGCUGUCCGCGGAAGUUGAAUGUGGGGAAAAGUCGGCGUCGAAAGAUUUUCCGAGAAAUUAUCGUUCAGUGCCACGUCCCAAGACUGAAAUUAUUGGUACCAAGAAUCAUGCGGUUGUUAACAAAAGUAAAUCGCUUUAUCAGCCAAAUGACGAGCUCGACGAUGAAGCUGAGGCUGAGUUGCGCGAUAAGAGCUCACAACACAUUAAACCCAUACUCGAGGAGCUGAUAAAAACUGAGGAAACAUAUGUGGAGAACUUACGUAUCGGUUUGGAGAAUUAUGGCAAUAUAUUUGCGCGCAAAGAUUUACCGCUUGGUUUGCGUGGAAAGAAAUAUGUUUUGCUUGGUAAUAUUGCACAGAUCUAUGAAUUUCAUGCGGAGGAAUUUUUGCCAAUGUUACUUGCGUAUAGAAGGGAUCUGAAGCGGUUAUUCGAUGAAUUUCAACAUUAUAUUGAUCAAAACUCCUUCUACUGCUACGUCAUAUUCACAAUGAACAAGCAACGUUCGCUCAAAUUAUGUGAUACAUAUAAAAAUUAUUUUAAGCGCAUACAAAACGAAUUGGAUGAUAAGUUGGGUAUAAAUAGUUUCCUGGUACAGCCCAUACAACGGAUGGCGCGAUAUCCGCUACUACUGCAACAAUUUAUCACGACCCUCUUCAAGCAUCGCGACUUUGAGAUUAAGCCUUUGCUUGAGUCAUGCUGCCGGUUGGAGAAGAAAAUGCGCACUUUGCUGACCACAACCAACGAAUCCGAAGUGAUUAACGACAUUGUCGAGUGCAAUGAGUUCAACGUUUUUCAUCAGGGAAAAUUCCGUAAAGUAAGCGACUUUUCGAUUAUAGAUCACACGCUGCGACGCACCUAUCGCGGCAAGGUCUUCAUAUUCGACAAAUGCAUCAUCUAUACUGAAAUUAAGGGCAAACACUUGAUCUUCCAUGGCCGUUAUCCGUGCGAGCAUAUCGGUAUUGUGGCGAAAACGAAGCAUUUCACCUUAUUCUACGAGCGCCGUAAGCAGCAAGAGUGCGAUUUUCAAGCUGAGCCGCCAGUGGUCGAAGCGUGGCUGGAGCUGAUACGCGAAAUGAUCAGCUCUUUUGUGAUGGAGGAGCGUCAAAAGCUGCAGGAUCGGUAUGCGCGCGAAGGCGAACAGCAGUACCGCAAGCCGGUGAGUUUAACGCUGUUUCGCGAUUCGAAUCGUUUUAGUUCGGACAGUGGCAUAGGCAAUAUAUGGGUGCUGCCGAAACCGGAGGCCGAGUCGGAAGCGUCGAGUAAUCGCACGACGUGGUAUGCAGUGAAUUGAACGAAAUUGGUUCCAAAUAUACACAACUUGAAAAAAAUUAUACGGAUAUUGUGCACCUAUGGCUAAGGAAAUUAGCCGGCACAAUAUUCAGCUAAACAGUGCCAGUCAGAUAUAAAAGUAUAUCUAUACGAAGCAAAUUUUUUAAUUAUUCACGAAUGGAGAAUGUGCCCUUACAUUAUAGUACUAGAGAUUUUGUGGCUAUAGAGUGGCCAUAUUUUUUAUUAAUUAAAAUACCUAAACAACAUGUGUUGCGCACUCCAAUUUAUUAUAAGAGAAAUAUUUUAAAAUAGUUUAGAAAUUGAAAAAUUGUAACAAAUUGUUUUUUAUUUCUUAUUUAACUAUUGUACAUAUACGUAAUAUUCUAAGUUGUAGUGUAUAUAAUUAAGCGUAUUGGUUGUAUAUCUAUAUAAGUUAAAAAAAGCUAGUUGGUUUUAGUAUAAAACGCAAAAUUUCACUGAAAAAUGCCAAAAAUAUUUAAGCUUUUUUAAACUUCCUAAAAGCUUUAUUUAAACUUAGUGUUUAACAUUUACCUUAGAGUAUAUUAAAUAUUUAAACUUAGUCUCACAAAUCAUUAUAUAUUUUCAUAAUAAAAAAAUAAACGUUAAUUAAUUAAAAAAAAUUAUUUAUAUGUAUAAAUCAUUUUUAAAGAAGUGUUUAUGAAAUUUAUUACAGAGAAAUUGAAAAAAUAGUAUUUAAUAUAUCGUUUGUAAAUUCAAAUUUUUACAAUGGGCAUUUUUUAUUUCCAGAACUAGUAGAAAUUUAUUAAAAAUAUUUAAGAAAACAAAAUUUUAAAAGGAUAAAUAUCAACAUUUAUGUAACAUAUAAUUUCAUUGAUUUAAUAAUAAUAAAUAAAUAUUAUAUAUCAACUUAUACUUAUUAUUUUCAAUGAAACGAUACUUAUUUAUACUUAAUUAUAGAAACCAUAAAAAAAUAAUUACAAAAAUGUGAAUAUUUUUAUUUACCGGAUUAGAGUAUUUAAAGAAAAAGAGAAAUUUGAAAUAUAUAUUGGACAAAAAUCUAUCACAAAUUUCGUGAAAAUAUCUUGUCAAAUAAUAAAUAAAUAA